GAAAGAGGUAAAGAGCGUUAUUUUGUAUUUGUAUCGAUGCAUUUAUCUAUUAUUUUUUUAUUAGUGAUAAUCGUCAAUGACUGGUUGAAAUUGUAAUGUCUUGAAGUCGAUGUUAUGCUUCAAUAAAAGUUAAAUAAAAUAAUAGAAUUUAGAAUAAUAAAUAAAAAGUCAAUACUAAUAAAUACACAGCUCUUAGUGGAUUACAUUUAGUAUUGUACGCAAACAAACACGCGGCGCUACUUAACCAAACCGGAUCUAUUUACUUCAGUCUGCGUCCCUACACGGAGGAUUUAGACCGACAAACCGGAAGUUACGAUACGGUUUGUGGAAUGUGAGUAGAAACACAACUUCCGUUACCCACGUGUGUACGGGGGAAAUAAAUUCAGAUCAGCUUAAAAAGUCAUAAAACCAGCACUAUAUAAAAGUCUCGGUCUGUGAAUAAAGGGUGAUUAUAAAAUGGCGGAUUUGGUGCAGCAGCGGAUUGAGGACCGGAUCCCGGCGCUGGAGCAGCUGGAGAGAGUCGGGCUGUUCACCAAGAAAGAAGUGAAAUCGACACUGAAAAGAUCCACGGCUCUGGAAUAUAAACUUCACAGAUCCGUGCAGAGUAAAGAUGAUUACAUUACCUACAUACAGUAUGAAAUAAACGUGCUGGAGCUCAUCAAGAAGAGAAGAGCCAGAAUCGGCUACCACUUCAAAAGGGAGGACAUUGAGUUCCCCAUGAUCCAGAGAAUCAACAGCGUGUUCAGGAGGGCAACGUCAAAGUGGCAGGAGGAUGUGCAGCUGUGGCUCUCUCAGGUCGCCUUCUGUAAGCAAUGGGGGAUGAAGGGUCAACUCAGCAAGGUCUUCUCCUCCAUGCUGGCCAUCCACCCCGACAAACCCAAUUUAUGGAUCAUGGCAGCCAAGUGUGAGAUGGAGGACAGGAAUUCGUCUGAAAGCGCUCGCCACCUCUUUCUCAGAGCGCUUCGCUUCCAUCCGGAGAAUAAAAAGGUUUACCAGGAGUAUUUCCGGAUGGAGCUGAUGCAUGCCGAGAAACUGCGCAAACAGCAGCAGGAACUGGAACGUGCCCAAAUCGACAUCGGUGAGUACGAGUUUUCUCCGGAGAUCUUGAGCGGCAGGCUGGCUGAAGUUGUGUACAAAGACGCCACGCAGAAAAUUAAAGGGGCGGAGUUUAUGCUCUCACUGCUGCAGAUCGCUGCCAUUUUUGACUUCACCAAAGAGCUGCAGGACUCCAUCCUCCAGGAUCUGCAGAGUCAGCACACUGAUGACUCCGUGACCUGGGACUUCAUGGCUCGUCGGGAGCUGGAGGUGGGCGGGACUCCCGAACUGCGCUCAGCCCAGAGUCGUGCCGCUGACAUCAGGAGCAGAGAGGAGUGUUGCGGCGCUGUGUAUGAGGAGGGACUCAAGAACCUCAACACAGAACCUAUGUGGACGUGUUACGUAACGUUCUGUUUGGACCGAUUUAAGAGGAAAACAAACGUCAUCGAGCUGAAGGAAAAGAGAACAGAGCGGCUGCUUGGUGUCCUUCAGAGAGCUCAUGAUGCCUCACUGCUGCAGGAGGCUUUCUACAGGACCUGGCUGGAGGUCUUGAUCUCAUCUGAGAAAACACAAGCCGCCAUUCAGGUUGCCAUAGCAGCCGCUAAACGCUUCAGUAAAUCGGUAGAGAUGUGGACGUUGAGCUUGCAAACAUUGGUGCGUUUAGAGAGCGAGGAGGUGGGGCCUCUGUUCCAGGAAGCAAUGAAGCUCAUGAAUCCCAAGGACACUUUGCCGCUGUGGAAGCUUCGGGCCGAGUGGAGCAUCACGUCGCAGCCUCCGGAUGAAACAGAAGCUCUGUUUCAGAAAGCUUUGUUAACUCAGGUCCCGGCCGUUUCCACGGCGAUGAAGGAAAUCUACCUGCAGUGGGCCUACAGGACUGGCGGCUACAAAAAAGCCAGGAAACUUUUCACCAGCCUGAACGAGCACCGACCUUUCUCCAAAACCUUCUUCACCAUGAUGGUUCAGAUCGAGAAAGAACAGGAGAAGCCGAAGAUGAGUCACCUGAGGGAUUACUACGAGCGAGCUCUGCGCGAGUUCGGCUCGUCCGACGAAGAUCUGUGGAUGGAUUACAUCAAAGAGGAGCUGGGUAUCCAUGGCAGCGCUGAGAAUUGUGGGAAACUCCACUGGAGGGCCAUGAAGAACCUGACUGGAGAGAGUGUGCAGCGCUUCACAACACAAUACACACUGCUGCAGACCGGCCACAUCUAGAAAACACGCGCACACACACACGCACACACACGCACACACACACGCACACACACACGCACACACACACGCACACACACACGCACACACACACACGCACACACACACACACACACACACACACCAACCAUGAACCUCCCUCUGAAGUUAAAAAAAAAAAAAAAAAAAUGCAUUAAAGGAACAGUUCAGUCAUGUACACGAUGUCACUUUACUCUAGAAGUUCAGACAUUGUUCAGGUUUUACAUUUGGAUGAAUUGAUUUAUUUAAUGAACCUUUAGUAACCUUUAAUACGCCACCAGGACUUCCUGACUGGACUGCGUUUAACCUGAAGCUGUAAAACUGACCCUCAGUGUGUAAAGUACGCAAUUUAAUUGUGUGUUGUGGGUCUCGUUCCUUUAUUUUUUUUUUUUCCCUUUUUUUGGGGGGGUGGAUCACAUCUUGUAUUUGCAUUUUGUUAAUAUCUCAAACAGAUGUUUUUUGUGUUGUAUUUCAGAAAUAAACACUUUUUUCAGAGUGUG